AUGCUGUUGGUGAAGAUCGAGAAGGAGGAAGUGGGCGGCAAGGAAGAGGAAGGAAAAGUGUUGCAGAAUCUCUCCCACGACAGGAUUUUGCCGAAAUUCUCUGUCGCGGCAGGAAAAAUCGUGAGGAAGAAGUUGUUUCUGUCCGGCGGCCGGCGCCAAGACCCAGCGGACCGGCCCUCCCACCGGCUGGGCCGGCCACACGGACGGCAGACCGGGCCCAAAACCGGCGGAUCCGGCGCCACGACCGACCAGACCGGCUGCCAAACCGGGCGGACCGACUCAAACCGGGCCCAGAACCGGUGCCAGCCGGGCCACUGUAUGCGUGCGCAGGGGCGUAUCACCCGGCCACCAGGCCGGCAGACCGGGCCUCAGGCCGGUUCAUCUGGCGCCCAGGCCGGUGGGACCGGGGCCAUGGCCGGCCGUUCCAGUGUCCAGUCUGGCCGUUCCAGGCGUGCAGUCCGGCAAUCUCCGUCUAGCUUUGCAGGAGCAGUAGAAGCACUACAAGAAGCUUAUAACAAUGGUAGCUGCAGCAUCGUGUACCUGAAACUUCGCAGCUUGCUCAGAAGCAGCCGUUUUAAUUGCUUGGAUUUGAUGCAGCCGUAUUUCAAGGAGCUUCAGGAACAUCUUACAACCAGCCUGGCCAGAGGAUUAGAAGCUAUCCGCCGUUUUCCCAACUCAUUCCUAGAUACAUUUGUUGACUCCACCUUCACAUUCCGUCAUCAGCCUCUGCGUCCCACUGAGGGCAAUUUUGCACCGGUUGUUGAAAUCGGUGGAAGAACAGAAAUCAUGGAGAUAGAAGGAGCGAUCCCCCCAGAUUUUCCAGAGGGUGCCUAUAUUAGAAAUGGCUCGAACCCUCUCUUCGGAGCCCUACACAUGGUGAGCUCCAUCUUCGGACAGACUGAAGACAUCUGGGUCGAGGGAGAAGGCAUGCUCCACGCUCUCUACUUCACGAGGAGCAACAAUGGCACCUGCACCUGGUCCUUGUCCUAUAACAACCGCUACGUGCAAUCGGACACUUUCAUGGUUGAAACAGCUCGUGCAAGACCAUGCUUCCUCUCGAUCACCAAAGGAAAUCCUCUCGCCAUGCUUGCGGCAGUCAUUCUAAACAUGUUGAGGUUUGGCAAAGUGUUUCGGAACAUGAGCAACACCAGUGUGUUUGUGCACGCCGGCAGAGUCUUCGCGGCAGCAGAAAAUGACAUACCAAAUGAGAUAGACUUGCAAAGCCUUGACACGAUCGGAAGUUGGUCCGUCAGCGGCGACUGGCUCAUGCCAUUCACAGCACACCCAAAGGUUGUCCCAGGGUCAGGUGAGUUGGUAAUCUCUGGGAUCAACAUUGUGAAGCCCUACUUAUCGAUUGGAGUUGUCUCAGAGGAUGGAGUGAGACUCAAACAGAAGGUUGAUCUGAAGCUAGACAGAUGCACAUUUUGUCAUGAAAUUGGAAUUACUAAAAUGUACAACAUUAUCAUGGAUAUGCCACUUACCCUCGACCCAAAAAGGAUUCUACGAGCAGGCUCUUUGAUUGAUUAUGAGAAGGAAACCUAUGCAAGAAUAGGAGUCAUGCCCCGUAAUGGAGAUGCAGAGUCAGUUCUAUGGUUUCAUGUAGAACCAUUCUGCACAAUGCAUCUCGUCAACUGCUUCGAGGAAGGUGAUGAGGUUGUUGUAAGGGGAUUUCGCGUGCCUGCUUCAAUCAUCAUGGGCCCAACGCUUGAUUGCAUUGAUGAUCCUAGUGCUCAAGAUUUGAAUGAAGAAUAUUUCUCACGACUGUACGAGUGGAGAUUGAACCUGCAAAGCAAGGCUAGUAAAGGAAGAUGGUUAACCGGGACAGAUAUUGCUCUUGAAUUUCCCGUUAUCAAUGAGAAGUAUGUUGGCUUGCAUCACAGGUAUGCAUAUGUGCAAGUAGUGGAUGUGCAAGCGAGUUUCGCUGGUGGUUCUGGAACAGCUACAUUGUAG